AUGUCCAAUUUCCAGUGUCCUUCAUGCGGUAAAACCGGUUUCAAAGAUCAGGUUGCUGUUGCUCGUCACAUGAGCCAGCCUUGCUCAGGAUGUAGCACCUGGCUACAGGAUUUAAUACAUCUGCGGGACCUGUCUGACGAUUCUAUGCAUACAGAUGACUUGGACGAGCCGAAUAUUCCUGGUGCUGGGCCUCAGGCUGAGGUUGAGUUCACAUUCAGAGAUAUAGACGAGUCAUUUGAAGGUAGUGGUGAGAGUGGUGGACAGGCCUCUGGGGAGGGAUUACUUCCAAAUGGUGCCGAUUUCGUCGACUGUUAUCCCGAAUCUUCUUGGACAUAUGGCAAGGGGUACACCUUCCUCGACUUAUUCAAUUCUGAUGAGAAUAGCGUGUACCGUGCCAAGAAUCCCUAUUACCCAUUCAGUGGCUGGAAGGACUGGGAGAUUGCAUCGUGGUUACUGCACUCGGGAUUGAGCAUGGGGAAGAUAGACAGUUUUUUGUCACUCGAGAUGAUCAAGGGUCUUCCAUUAUCUUUUUCCUCGGCCAAGGAACUGCGAGGCAGAGCAGAAAUGUUGCCCAGUGGUCCACGCUGGAUGUCCCAAGUGCUCUCUAUGAGUCAUCCCACCAAAUCACCUGUCGUUUUGUACUGGCGUGAUCCCUUGGACUGUAUUUCAGCUAUUCUAAAUCAUCCCUUUUUUCACGAUCGGUUAGACUUCAUGCCUCGCAGGGUCUAUACUACUGCACAACACUUGUGCUGUGUAUAUUCAGAAUGGAUGACAGGCGAUGACACAUGGAAUAUGCAGUCUGCCCUACCUGAAGGCGCAACACUCCUUGGAACCAUUUUAUCAUCCGACAAAACGAAUAUAUCCACGAUGACGGGUGACAGAGUUGCGCACCCGCUUCUCAUCAGCCUUGCAAAUAUCAACAUGUCCACACAACUCAAGACAUCGUCCAACACCUUUGUACUCACCGCCUUACUCCCCGUACCCAAAUUUAUACAUAAGAAUAAAUGCAUGCAAGGUGUACUCGAGGAUCGCUUAAUUCAUGAAUGUCUAGAUAUCGUCCUGCGUCCGCUCAAGCAGGCUGCAUGUGAAGGAGUCAUGUUAUCAGACCCUGUUGGACAUAGCCGCUAUUGUUUUACCCCCCUUGUGAGCUAUAUUGUCGACACUCCAGAAGCUAUGAUGCUAGCUACUGUCGGUGGGAAAACAUCUCCAGUCACCAUGGCCAUGUUCAAGCAGUUCGGAGACCCUUUCCGUCAUGAACCUCACACGGAAUCAACCACACUUGCACAGCUGGCCGUUGUUCAAACAAGGGCGGAUCCCAACGAUAUUGAAGCCUUCUUUCGCAAAGCGCAGAAAUUUAGCUCGAACGGUGUCUCUAAACCUUUCUGGCAGGACUGGACCCUUGUCGGGGAUAUGGAAAUUGAUUUCCGGUUUUCUGUGUUGCAGCCCGUCACUGGCUUUCAUCAUUUUGACGGUGGUAUCUCCAAGCUAAAACAGUCACCGCGUAUUGAUGAAGACGACAUCAAGCGCAUUUCUGGAGCCCUCGAUGAGUUUCACGCCAAUAAAUAUGCAAUUACAGCUGGAGGAUUUCGUCGAGGCAACAAGAACAAAGUUAUCGAUAAUUGGUACAUUCCCAAAUUGGAGCUCAUGCAGAGUAUAGUCCCCAGCAUCCGCAACACUGGUGUUGCCAUGCAAUGGACUGCAGAUACAACAGAGCAUGCGCACAUUACAGAGAUUAAAGACCCCGUGCGAUCAAGCAACAACAAUAACUAUGAUCCUCAGAUUUGUCGACAUCUCGACCGGGUUGAUAAGUGCCGUCGCUUUGACCUUGCAAUGAGUCUUGUGAAUGGUCUGGCAAGCUCAGGGCUACAGGAUGAUGAUAUUGGUGAUGAUGUUGACUUUGAUGCAGAUGAUGAUGAUGACCUCCCCACGGAAUUUAUGGCCACUAUAAAAUGUCCUGGACAUUCGCACCCAAUCACCAAUUACUUCGCGAUUGCGAAGAUCCUCCAGCAUAAGGAGGUUGGGACUGUCCCUCUGCCAUUGCACACAUUCGUUAUCGGACGCAUGGCCUUUCAUCUCACAUAUUCCCCAUCCAUCAGAUCCAUCUCCGUCAACAAUGCUGCUAUCAAAUUUGGCCUUCCUGACUUACGGCUGGCCAUUGCUGAUUUUCUUCAUCGCGAAGCUACCCACGGACAGAAUCAUGUCCACACAAUUGGGGGAGCCAGGAGGGCUGGACCUACUGCUUCCCUGCCAUUUGAUAAAAUUCAAAUCUGGUACAACUCAGUUAUUGUGAACAAUGAGUUAGGGUGCCUUUGGCCUGCUCAUGGUCUUCGUGGUCACACAAUUGGUCAAAUUAGGCUUAUCAUGUGUCCAGUUGGAAGAAUUAACACGGAUUGGUCGUGGAGGGACCGUUUCCUUGUCUAUAUGUACCGCUUUGAUGUUGCACUCGAUCAGAAGGGUGAAAUGUUCCAAUGGUACAUCAAGGCUCCUGUUAAUCUCAUUCCUCGCUUUGGAGCCAGUGCAGACAGCCGGUUUACCUCACAGAACAGCAUGGAGCACGCGUCAGAGUUUUGGGUAAAUAAAUUUUGGGACAAGAACACAUCCUUUCCGCUCUCUAUCUUAGAGUAUACCGAACAAAUGCCACCUCAGUUCUUUUUCAGGACGGGCGGCUACGGAAUAAAGUUGUCGUCAUUGGUCUUGCUCCCUGCCACUGUCUCAGGCGAUGCCCUUACAAUGAACAAGUACACGGCCGAGGAACUGAAUUGUUUAGUCACACAGGAAGAUGAACCAUCCGAGUUGCAAUCGCUGGGACACAUCCUCUCUCACAUCUUUCAGCCUUUCAGCAUACCUCUCCCGGAUUUGUCUAUGCUCCAGAUCCCACUCAAAAACAUCCUUCAUCACAAUGAAUGUACCAAAGCAAAAUUCAGCGAAAAUUCACCAGACGAUCUGGUGCCAUUGUAUGAUGCUGAUGCGCAACUAUGGAACUGGAACCUUCCAACUCUUGCUCCCACAAACAAAUCUGAAUCAACAACUCACUCUCAACCAUCUGAAAGCCUAGAUUUGGAGGACAAUGCAGAGAUUGGCGAAGCUGCAAAACCAACUCAUGAAGAGAUUUUCUCAUCAUUUUUCAACACUUUGGCUAUCUGCUUAGUGAAGGCAGAGCCCAAACUACUAGCCAACCCCACUGCGACGCGCACGUGGACUGCGGCCCACGCACAUAAACCAUUACCUGGUAGUGAGGUGAAGUGGAAACCUGAUCUCCUCUUAUCAGAUGAGAUCACCGCAAAUUGGGGAAAUAUCAGGGUAUCAGCUGAGCUGACGCACAGUUCAUAUCAACCUGCGCUGCGACUCGUGAAGGCUGCUGAUACUCAUGCAUACCUCAUGCUGAGUGAGCAGCCCUGGAGGCGCUUUGCGCUUGUACUAUCACUCACCAACGAGUAUCGGGAGCUCAGAGUCCUUUUCUACAAUGAUGCCGGUGGUGUCGUGUCCCCUGCCUUCAAUAUCUACCAAAAACCAAGCAUACUCACUCACAUUAUUGCUGUCCUUCGUUUCGGCAGCCUCGAGUGCAUAGGAUAUGACUUGACAGUCUCCUUCACAAAACACAUUUCCCCUCCCCAACACCACACCAACGGCUAUCGUCCGAUCAAGAACCUCCCUGCCAAACGGCAACCUGCAGAUCACGUCAUGGCUGCAGCCACGUCUGAGCCCCCUAAUCCACCACGCGAUGAUUUCGAGGGUGCACCAAGCGCUGUCAUCGAGUCGAUAUCUCCCGACACGGAGCCUGAGCCCGAGUCAGACUCAGACUCAGAGUCAUGUGCUGACCAUGGUACAUACAUUUCUAUGAAGAAUCUGGAGGAUCCCCCCCUGGUACAAGCCACUGCAAUCUCCAGCGCCCCCCUUCUCAACCUCGCAUCCCAAGCACCUGAGGAACCUGACAGUAUCUAUUCUGCUACACCCCAUCCUUCACAAUUCCCGUAUUCAGCUCAGUCACCUGAACCGUGUGGCAAGAUUUGUGUCAGGGACACAAUCUACACGAUCACAAGGAUCCUGUUUGCGAGUCGUGGCCUUGUUAGUCGCGGGACUGUUUGUUACUUGGUCUCUUUGGAUGAUAAAGAAUUCAUCAUCAAAGACCAUUGGGUUCAGGGUAAGGAGGAUCAGGUGAUCUUGAAUGAGAUCGAAAUGUUGAAGCACAUGUCUGGCAUCCCUGGCGUUCCCGAGUUGGUGGAUUGGUGGGUGGUUGAAAAGUUGAAUGGAGAGCCCGAUGUGACCAGCAAAUACCGAAAACAACCGCAAUGCCCAAGUAUUGCAGGGACCAGUCACUCACACGUUCGACUUGUCUUGACACCCUGCGCUUGCCCCCUACAUAUGUUCCGAACUCUUAAAGAGUUUGUGAAAGCGCUGAGGGAUAUCAUCAUUAUUCAAUGCACAGCGGUGGAGGAACGCAAGGUUCUACACUGCGACUGCAGCUUAAAUAACGCAAUGAUUGUAGAUCUGUUAGGAGGUGGUAGUAGGGGGUUUCUAAUCGACUGGGAGUUUGCAGUGCGCAUCAACCCAGAUCUGAAGUAUGCCAUUGGUGGUACGGGAACAAUCCCGUUCAUGUCUCAUGGGCUUCUCGCCCAACUCUCAGAUGCACAACAGGCAGCGCUGGGUGGAAAGAAACCGAAAUAUAUCCCUAAAACAUCUUCAAACGCUUUGGCAUUGCCUGUAUUGCAUGAUAGCUUACGAAACUCAAUACCUGAUCGCUGGAACAACAUGGACCUCGAAUCUUGCGCGGCCUUCAAGGGCAAUUUUUUCGCAACCAAGAAGGAGGAACGCCGUCUUGUAGACGAGAUCCAUCCUUACUUCAAAGACUUAAUCCCUCUCGCCAAGGAGUGGCAUACAGCUUUGAAGGACAAUAUGGAGAACCCUGUUUCCUUCGACACCAUCCUUACACUAUUGAACACGCAUCUUGACCGCCUUCCGGAUGACGAGGAUCUUGUUUCCACUGUCAAGACGCUCAAACAAUCUGCAGCUAUUCUCACAGACUGUGUCGAGAAGCAUGUCGCUUCACAAUCUUUCCCCAUGGAAUUACCCAAGUGUCAGAAGUCUGAUGGUAUUUCGAUGGAGACUGACAAUGAGUCAGACGGUUAG